AUGGUCGUACGGCCACGUCGUCAGUUUUUGGACAAACUCUUUGAUAAACCUGACCCUGACACGGCUACCGUCCGUGUGGCUGCUGGGUUAGACGGGCACGGUCUCACACAGGCCCAGGGCUCGUUGAGCGGUGUGAAUGUCUACAACGAGUUCCAACAUCUCAUAGGAUCCAGCGGAGGGGGCAACAUUGGCUCUGGUGGCUAUUAUGACUUCAAAGUCGAUCAACAUAACCUGCAGCAGGCCACCUUUGUGGAGCUGCUCGGCUCGGAUGCAAUGGCCCUCAGUAAGUCAAACUGCAUCACGAUGUCUUCUGUUCCUGAAAAGAAACAGAGAGCACUGACUUCGUUACUUUCUAGUCGUCCUGCUUGCACCUGGGUUGAUGCUGAUCAUACCAACGGCAUCAAGGCUGGUUCCAUCUUGAUUCAUAUGCCCUCGUUCUCUGGUAACCACCAACACUCGAAUAACGCAUCGAGCUAUUGCGGAUAUCCUGCUUUCAGAGCCUACCGAGACUCAGAUGGAACUGGCAGCAUCUUCAAGAGGAGUGAAAGUGCUCCAGACAGAAGACAUCAGAAAAUUGCUGCAGACUCACGUCUUGUUGUGUCCGAUAUCCCGUUCCACAGUGCCAUUGAUCUCUGCAAGGCCUCGAAAUCUCAUGGUCCGGACUUCGUUUCAACCUCUGAAGGCGUGUACUGCGACAUGGAAAGUCGCGAAGUUAUGCCCGUGUGUCGUGGUGACGUCAAACAUAACUGCUUCAAUCUUGAUCAUCAUGUCAACGAAGAGAGCCGUUCCAGUGUUGCCGAUCACUCAACAAGGAAAAGUUACUCUAAUGUCGUCAAGUGGGAUUAUGGGUUCUAA